AUGGAGAGCCCCACAUCGGCGGCGUCGCGGGUGGACUUCUACGGCUUCCUCGACCGCAUGCGCCGCCCGGAGGCCGCCGACCUCUUCCGCUCCAUCAAGAGCUUCCUCACCUCCCUCUCCCUCGACGAGCCCAGCGCCGAGGCGGACGGCGCCAGGGUCCAGGCCUUCUUCGCGGAGAUGGAGGCGGCCAUCCGGGGCCACCCGCUCUGGGCCGACGCCACCCACCAGGAAAUUGACCACGCCGAGCAGGGCCUCGAGAAGUACAUCAUGACCAAGCUGUUCGACCGCACCUUCGCGGCGUCGCCGGAGGACGCGGCGGCCGACGCCGAGGUCUCGGACAAGAUCGCCCUCCUGCAGCGCUUUGUCAGGCCCCAUCACCUCGACAUACCCAAGGUCCUCAACAACGAGGCUUCCUGGCUGAAUGUACCUGUUGAGUCGCUAUUCAGUUGGUUCAUCAGCAUCUUUAGUUUUCUGAUGAUUGCAGUUAAAGAACUACAGAAGAUUAAUUCCUUCAAGUCCCCGUGGGAGAAGCUUCUCUGUAUGAUGAGCUGUUGCCAAGUCAUCAAUAACUUGCUGCUAAACGUGUCCAUGACAAAUGACCGGACGUUGUCUGGCGCUGAUGAGUUCCUUCCCAUUCUCAUUUAUAUUACCAUCAAGGCCAAUCCUCCUCAGUUGCACUCAAAUCUGAAGUUUGUUCAACUCUUCAGAAGAGAAACUAAGCUUGUUUCAGAAGUCGAAUACUAUCUCACAAACCUCAUUUCAGCAAAGAUGUUUAUAAUCAAUGUUAAUGGCCAGUCGCUAUCCAUGGAAGAAAGUGAGUUUCAGAAGCAUAUGGAAUCUGCAAAACUAGGUACUCAAAUGUCUGUUGCUGGCCCUAGUAGUCCACAAGGGUUGGCUACAUCCACGAGGGGAUUACAGAAGCAAAUUGAUGCAGAAGGUUCCAGAUUCCCUUUCAUGGACUCGGAAACUGAAAAUCUGACGCCAGCGGAACUCAAGCAGUUACAUGGGCUCUACAGGAAGACAGUGACCAGAUAUGCACUGUUGUCUAAAGCCUUAAGAAAGUUAUCCAUAGAUGAGGAUCAGCUCCUCGCAUCAGUAGAUGAUUCAUGA